UAUCAAAUAUGGCCGUCCUAGUCAGGAUGUCUUUUAUUUUGUUAUUCGGAUUUACACAAUGUAAGAAAUGUAAUGAAAACCUUAGCUUAAGAUCGACAACAACACUAUCACAAAGUUCGACGUACAGUACUCGAUAUGCGUCAAAAGCCAAUGAUGGGUACUUGGCAACAGGAUUCUAUGAUUGCGCCCAUACCCUUCACGGGAAUCCUAUAGCCUGGUUUCAAGUGGAUCUGGGAGAAGAGUACAGGAUAACAAGUGUCAAAAUAUACUCUAGAAAAGAAGUUGAUUGGUCCCCAAUCCGAUUUAAACAUUUUUAUCUGGACGUCUCUAACUCAUCAGCUGCAGGGACUACCACGUCAGAGAGAACUCGAUGUUAUACUGACAUAUCCACGGGAUUACCUGACAAUAUAAUAGACAUUCCAUGUAAACAAACGGCAAGAUACGUCAUUGUAGAAACAACAUACGACACGCCUGAAGAUGAUCCUGAGACAGGGGCCAUCUUAGAAAUUUGUGAAAUACAAGUUUACAGUCUUCAAAAUUGUUCCACAACCGACUCCUCGUCAAUCUUGGAAGUUUUAGCGAUUGGUGUCGCUGUUUGUUUUGGAUUUACCAUUUGCUGUGUGUUGAUAAAAAAGUAUUCUGACCUACUAAGGAGAGGAUCAAAUGGAACUUUUGUUAACGAAAGAAUAGCGCGUGGACUUUCAGAAACAGGUCAGCCAACCAGGGAGCACAACCGGCACCCACGGGAACACCAACAGACCGCCCGAAGACCUGACCACCAAAGACGACGAAGACACCGCCAACGGGAAACCCCAGCACACUCCCUACCCCAAAGCACCCGCGCGCGGAACCAGAGUCGUGCUCCACAAAGCAAGUUUUUGGAUGACUGAUCGCUAGAUAUAAAUAUUUUCGUUUUCCAUUUUUGUUGAAGAAGCAACUGUGUAUGAUGUCAAAAACUAUAGUCUUUAAUUUAUCCCGAGGA